AAGGCCCUGGGUUCGAUCCUCAGCUCAAAAAAAAAAAAAAAAAGACCCCCAUGGACAGCCCUUACUCAGAGCCUUUCCCUGGCUUGUCAGUGACCCCCUAUUGCCACCAGGUCCACUCUGGGCCCUAAGAGAGCUAAAAUGCUAUUGAAUACAGCAACUAUUUCCUGACUCAAAGGGCAAGUUCUCACCAAGCACCCCUCAUCCACCUACAGUGCCUCUACUUAUGACACCCCUCAAAUAACCAGGCAUGUGUGAGCCACUGGUGAAAGCUGGGCCCUAUCUGCACCUGUGGGGUUGUGGUCAGGGAGAGUGACUCCAAAUUCUCUGGGCUGAAAGGGGUCGUGGACUCAUGGGAAGAUGACACAUUUAACAAGAAACCUUCGCUAAGCACCCACUGAGUGCCAGGCCCACUGGGUGCUGGUGGGAACAUCCUGCCCUGAGUAGCUGUGCCCUACUGCGGCUUCAGAACAGGUAAGUCCCAUUCUCCAGAGAGGUUCUCGUCCAGGCUGGACAACCUUGACCUGACUGUGUGUUCCCUAAUAAUUUAUUAUGAAAAAUUUUAUGUACAAUUAUAAAGUUGAGGGAAUUGUUCACUAAACAUCCAUAUGUCCACCAGAAUUUCUAAUUCAUAUUUUGUUGUAUUUGAUCUUAUGUCUGUCCAUUCCUUUAUUCGCCCAUUCACUUGUUUCACUUUUUAGACUUGGAUAUUAUUUUUUAAUUUUUUUUAUUUGACAUUUAUUUAUUCUACAUCCCGACCCAGUUUCCCUUCCCUCUUCUUCCAGUCCCUCCUCUAGACUGAGGCAAUCAAAACCUUUGACAUCCUAGAAAAAUUCAAGCCAACUCACCUUUUACAACUCCGCACCUCCCCUCCACUGAUUAGGCUCAGCCUGGAGCUCAGUAACAAACGCACUGUGGACAGUUGGCAAUCUGAGGUCUAGAAACAGAUUUCACGGCUGUCACUUCUCUACUUCCAACUUCAGUCCAGUCUGUCAGUCACAGAGGGCUCACUCACACUUACAGUGAUGUAGGUCUUAGAGGGUUUGGGCCCCAUCCCACCUCAUGCUGGUAAGACAGUCAGCAUCUCCGAGCAAACCUCUGACUCCUGUUCCAUACUGAUGAGAAAUCUGAGAUCGUGUCUGUUAGGAUUCACAACCUGCCAGGCCCUGCAUCCCUGGCCUUCACAGCAGAGGUGGCCACAUCUGGCCAUUCUUAGCACCAAUCAUAAUACCUUUAUGUUCUGAGCAGGCUUCUCUGGGAGUCCAGUACUCCUGAUAGCCCUGGGAAACUUCAUAGGUCCCAGCCACCAGUUUGACACUUUAGACAUAGUUCAGCCAUAUGUCUUGGUACCCAGUGACCAACACUUGGGGUAGCAGGUGAGUCAGAAAGCCAAUAGGAAGCCAAAGCUUGGGGAGCCACCUCCCCAAGGUGAGAGCCUCACACCUGGAUACUUGAUAAUUCCAAGGACUUUGGCCUAAGAAGACCUCUUCUAGGCAGGUGUGGGAGUGUGCUAAGACCACACAGCUGGUCAAGUUUCAAGCCCAAGGCUUCUGCCCAAGGACAAGGAUACCCAUAAAUAAAGCUAGGCCCUCUCAACCGCAUUCAUUAUCCCCCACAAUGUUACUGCUCAGCCUAACCCUUAGCCUGGUCCUCCUUGGCUCCUCCUGGGGCUGUGGUGUUCCUGCCAUCACACCUGCCUUGAGCUACAACCAGAGGAUUGUCAAUGGGGAGAACGCAGUGUCAGGCUCCUGGCCCUGGCAGGUGUCUCUGCAGGAAAGCAACGGCUACCACUUUUGUGGCGGUUCCCUCAUCAGCCCGAACUGGGUAGUCACUGCUGCCCACUGCCAAGUCACUCCCGGGCGACACUUCGUUGUUUUGGGAGAGUAUGACCGAUCUUCUAAUGUCGAACCUGUGCAAGUACUGUCCAUCGCGAAGGCCAUUACACACCCUAGCUGGAACCCCACCACUAUGAACAAUGAUGUGACACUCUUGAAGCUCGCCUCACCAGCCCAGUACACAAAACGCAUCUCACCAGUCUGCCUGGCUUCCCCAAAUGAGGCGCUGCCUGCAGGCAUCACCUGUGUCACCACUGGCUGGGGCCGCACCAGUGGUGUGGGUAAUGUGACACCAGCACGUCUGCAGCAGGUAGUCCUACCCCUGGUCACUGUGAAUCAGUGUCGGCAGUACUGGGGUUCGAGAAUCACUGAUUCCAUGAUAUGUGCAGGUGGCUCAGGUGCCUCCUCAUGCCAGGGUGACUCAGGAGGCCCUCUUGUCUGCCAGAAAGGAAACACCUGGGUGCUGAUUGGUAUCGUCUCCUGGGGCACUCAGAACUGCAAUGUGCAAGCACCAGCCAUGUACACUCGAGUUAGCAAGUUCAACACCUGGAUCAACCAGGUCAUGGCCUAUAACUAAACUGACCACAGGUCCUUUUCCCCCUCUCAAUCCAAUAAAGACACCAGACUCAGUUCUCUCGUG